AUGCAGCUAUCUAUUUUGCUCAUCUCUUCAUUGUUAAUAAUUUUAUCCAGUUUCAGCCUGAGCACUUCUCUCAGCCGCGCGCCGGAAGAUCACAACACAAAGGAGAGCUUGUCCGAUCAGGCUCCACAGCUUUCAGACGAUGCAAUAACCAUUGCCACUGAGAAACCCCGAAAGGAAGCGGCGCACUUGCCGUAUCAGCUGGCUAAAGAAGAGCCUGCUAAUGCUAAUUCAGGGGAAGAAAAAAAGCAAGCGCCUAGUUUCAGGGUUGGAGGCCCACCCAACGGUACAGCUAUACCGUUCGCGACCGGCUCUGGAAAUGUAACUCAUCAAGACCAACACAACACGUCCAGCACAUCAGACACUUCGGGAGAUGAUUCAUUAGAAAAUCUUGGCGGUGUUGUAGAAUCUGCGUCUCAUAUACGAGAUCAUUUCCUCCUCCUAGUCUCAUCAAUUCACUCGCAAAAUGCUCAGAACUUUCAAUUCGACAACCCUCAUAUAUAUAGAGAUUUGAUGGGUGUUGAACAUCAAAACUCGCUCAUUGAACCAUUGAAUCAUCAAACCACAAUGACAUAG